UGGUUGAGGCCUGCCCCCUCGAACGUCAGAUCUGCGCGAUCGACCCGAGCCGAGACCGACAGCCAGCCGAAUAAUUACGCAAAGCUGCUCGCCCUAGUGCCGAUUGAAGACACGCAGUCUGCAGCUCGUUUCACCCGCCCUAGCACCCCGAAUUCGUCGCCAUGGAUGAGGAAUACGACGCCAUCGUGCUCGGCACCGGCCUGAAGGAAUGCAUUUUGAGCGGGAUGCUGAGCGUGAGCGGCAAGAAGGUGCUGCACAUAGACCGGAACAAGUACUACGGCGGCGAGUCGGCGUCCAUCACGCCCCUCGAGGACCUCUUCAGCAGGUUCAACGCGCCCAAGCCGGACGAGUCGUACGGGCGCGGGCGCGACUGGAACGUCGACCUGAUCCCCAAGUUCCUGAUGGCGCACGGCCAGCUGGUGAAGCUGCUCAUCCACACCGGGGUCACCCGCUACCUCGAGUUCAAGUCCGUCGAGGGCAGCUACGUGUACAACAAGUCGGGCAAAAUCUCCAAGGUGCCCGUCGACGAGAAGGAGGCCUUUUCCUCCGAUUUGAUGGGGUUGUUUGAGAAGAGGCGCUUCAAAAACUUCCUCGUCUACGUGCAGGACUUCAAGGAGGACGACCCCAAGACCUGGAAGGACAUGAAUCCCAACGUGACCACCAUGAAAACGGUCUACGACAAAUUCGGCCUUGACCCCAACACCCAGGAUUUCACUGGUCACGCUCUGGCUCUUUACAGGGACGAUGACUACCUGAACCUGCCUUCCCUGACCACGAUCAAGCGCAUCAAGCUGUACAGCGACUCGCUGGCCCGGUACGGAAAGUCGCCGUAUCUUUAUCCGAUGUACGGCCUCGGAGAGCUUCCGCAGGGUUUCGCCAGACUAAGCGCCAUCUACGGCGGCACCUACAUGCUGGACAAGCCCGUGGACGAGUUGGUGAUGGAGAACGGCCACGUCAUCGGCGUGCGGUCCGGCGAGGAAAUGGCCAGGUGCAAGCAGGUCUACUGCGACGCCUCCUACGUGCCUGACAAGGCCAGAAAGACCGGCCAGGUGAUUCGGUGCAUUUGUCUGAUGAGCCACCCCGUGCCAGGCACCAACGACGCCCUCUCUACGCAGAUCAUUAUCCCCCAGAAGCAGGUCGGACGCAAAUCGGACAUCUACGUGUCCCUGGUGAGCUACACGCAUCAGGUGGCCGCCAAGAACUGGUUCGUGGCCAUGGUGUCGACAACCGUGGAAACCGACCAGCCCGAGAACGAGAUCCAGCACGGACUCAAGCUGCUUGGCCCCAUCACACAGAAGUUCAUUUGGAUACAAGAUUACUACGAGCCGAUUGACGACGGUCUGGCCUCUGGCAUUUUCAUCAGCAAGUCUUACGACGCAACAACCCACUUUGAAACAACCUGUCUCGACGUGCUCGACAUUUUCCGUCGCGGCACUGGCGAGGACUUUGACUUUUCCAAAGUCAAGCACGACCUCGGAGAUGAGGAUCAGUAAUUCAAUCGAUUCCAUUAUUUCUUAUAAAAUUAUGAUUUCUAAUUGGGGCUCAACUCCCUCAAUUUCGCCACAAAAUUUACGUACGGAUAAUGUCAAGUCCAUUUUUCAUGAUUUUCUUUCUUAAGUUCACUGCUUUUUAUUGUAAUUUGGAAGGAUCAUGAAAGACGGGGAUUGCCUGGUCACAUAUAAUGUUGUUAUUAUAAUUUUCUAUUCGCUCUAUUCACCUUUACAAUUAUAUAUUUUGGUGUCACUCUGUGCUAAGGUCUUUCUCAAUCGUGGCAGUUCAUCUUGAGGUUUUCGGUGAUACGUGGUGCCGCCUGUCAUCUUACGUAUUAAUGAUUUUUUUCUAUUUGAUUUUGAAAGAUUUGUAAUGUUGAGAUAGCCUAACAGAUCUAAAAAAAAUGCUUGAGCGUGCAGUCUUUUCGGUCAACAAACUGCCAAAUAAAUUCUCCUCCAAAUCGUGGCGUACCCAAUUAUUGUGAAAAAAAAUUAUUCAGGAGGCUGCUUCCCCAAAAGAUAAUUCUAUAGAUGCAUAGCAUUUUUGAUUGAAAUGUUCAUAUCGUGUUGAUUUCGCGCAUUGACAUGACACACACACGCACUGGCGAUUAUAAAAUGAGUGUUUACCCUUUUUGUGCUAUUGGACUGGAACAGCCAAUUCGAUAGAGAGAAUUAUGUGACAAAUGAAUGCUGAGCAAAUGAUUGUUUAAUUAAAACGGAGCAAAAUUAUAAUAAAGAUAUUACCUAAUCACACA